CUACGCCGUUGGCCUUGCCAAACAAACUUCUCUCUCUAUUUCUACUUGUAAUUUCUCUCACAAACUUUGUUGGCAUUAAAAAGAGAAAACACUCAGAAAGAACCACCAAACAUAAUUUACACACACACACACACUAGCAAGAACAAAAUAUAUACACUAGCCACUUCCAACAACAACAACAAUAGGAACAACAACAACAAAAAAAAGACUAAGGGUGUCUUUUUUUUGUUUAGUGUUUUUGUUGUGUUUUGCAAAAUGGAAAAUUGGUUCAAGAUUCUUGGAUUUUCAUGUUUGGUUUCAAUUUUCAUGAUAAGGGUUGUUGCUUAUUUAUGGUUAAGACCAAAGAAAAUUGAAGAACAUUUUGCCAAACAAGGCAUUAGAGGACCUCCUUAUAAGUUCUUUAUUGGAAAUGCUAAAGAAAUUGUUAGUUUAAUGAUGAAGGCUUCUUCACAAACUUUGCCUUCUUAUUCUCAUAAUAUUCUACCAAGAGUUCUCUCAUUUUAUCAUCAUUGGAAGAAAAUUUAUGGUGCAACAUUUCUAGUGUGGUUUGGACCAACACCACGUUUGGCUGUGGCUGAUCCUGAUUUAAUUAGAGAAAUUUUCACUACAAAAUCUGAAUUUUAUGAGAAAAAUGAAGCACAUCCAUUAAUUAGACAACUUGAAGGAGAUGGCCUUCUUAGUCUCAAAGGUGAAAAAUGGGCUCAUCAUAGGAAAAUUAUUACACCUACUUUCCAUAUGGAAAAUCUCAAAUUGUUAAUACCAGGGGCAGCUAGCAAAGUUAUUGAAAUGUUGGAGAAAUUGACACCAAAUUCAAAAAAUGGAGAAAUAGAAAUUGAAGUAUCAGAAUGGUUUCAAAUUUUAACAGAAGACAUUGUUGCACAAACAGCCUUUGGCCAUAGUUAUGAACAAGGAAAAGCAAUUUUUAGGCUACAAGCUCAACAAAUGAUUCUUGCUUCCGAAGCAUUUCAAAAAGUAUUCAUUCCUGGCUACAGGUUCUUACCCACGAAGCGAAACAUCAAAUCGUGGAAACUGGACACGGAGAUUAAGAAAUCGUUAAUGAAAGUGAUUCAAGAGCGAACCGAUAAUUGGGAGAAGAAUGAGAUACAAGAAAACAAUGGGCCAAAAGACUUAUUGGGCCUUAUGAUCCAAGCAAGCAUAAAGGAAUCAUCACUAUUAUCAUCAAUUAACAAUCCAAUUCAUCAAAAUUCAUCUACGCACAACAAUAAUAACAAUUCCUCUAUGAUCACUGCAAAUGAUAUUGCUGAAGAAUGCAAGACAUUCUUCUUUGCUGGUGAACAAACAACGUCGAAUUUGCUGACGUGGACGACCGUCUUGCUAGCUAUGCAUCCACAUUGGCAAGACCUAGCACGCGACGAGGUGAUCAAAGUGUGCGGCUCAAGUGCCAUACCUUCUAAAGAUGAUCUUGUCAAGCUUAAAAUGUUGAGCAUGAUUCUCAAUGAGUCCUUGCGCCUUUACCCUCCGAUAGUCGCGACUAUCAGAAGAGCAAAGGCUGACGUGGAUCUCGGGGGAUGCAAGAUCCCCCUAGGGACUGAAGUCUUAAUUCCAAUUCUAGCGAUUCAUCACGAUCAAGCGAUAUGGGGUAAUGAUGCUAAUGAGUUCAACCCUUCAAGAUUCUCUGAGGGAGUGGCGCGAGCCGCUAAGCAUCCUUUGGCAUACGUUCCAUUUGGACUUGGAGUUCGUCAGUGCAUAGGUCAGAACCUAGCGAUCUUGCAAACAAAGUUGACUCUCGCGAUCAUACUUCAGCGAUUCGCCUUACGGUUAUCGCCACAGUAUAAACACGCUCCGACUGUGCUGAUGCUACUUCACCCUCAAUAUGGUGCACCCGUCAUCUUCAAACGGUUGACUCAUGACCCCACAAUUGUCAAAAGCUCUUGACAUGACUUGUCCUUUUGGUGUGUCUUGGGAGUGCAUAUAUGUUUCGAGAAAAGGAAAAAAAAAAAAAAAAAAACUAAAAAUGUGUUGUUGCAAGAAUUAAUUAUAGGAGUAGGGAGAUAAUUUAUUUCAUUCCUUUUUUUCUUGAUUUUUUUUUUUAAUUUUUUUCUUUUGUUCAUCAUAUAGUACUACUAACUAACCAAUCAUGUAGAGUCGUCGUCGUCAUCAUCAUCAUCAUCAUGCCUUGUCUUUUAUUUUGCCCAAAAUUUCUUGGAUUUUAGGCAUGCUUUAUGCUAGGAUUAUUACAUAGUGACUCAAUUUAGUAGGUUUCCCCCCAUUUUCCCACUUUAUGUAUAUGUAUAUGUAAUGUAUAUGGGCUCAAGCUCUAGUACAAUUUUGUAUUAUUCUCAUGUAUAUCUUUCCUUUUUUUCAAAAAAUGGUAUCUUGUAUUGCAUCUC